GCUCGGGCUCGGCCUCGCGAGACUUCCGCGCUGGCCUCGGCCCGCCCCGCCUCGCUCCCACUCGCCCACUGGCCCUCUCGCUCCUCCCCCUCUGCCAAUCGAUCUGCCCGUUCGCCGUCGUGGCCCCGCCCACUCACCCGGGCUCCUCCCGGAUUGGGGUCGACGGGGCGGCCCCCGCGCGCGCCGGAUGGCCGCGGCGCGUGACGUCAGCGCGCCGCCACCGCCCGCCGCCGAGAGUCGCGCGGCUCCCGCCCUCCGCGGUGCAACAGCAGCGAGACCCGCCGCCCCGGGCCCGGGCCGCACUCGGGAGCGGGGCGUCGCCGCUGCAGCCGCCGCCUCGGGAGCCGGUGAGCGGUGCGCGGUCCCCGGCGCCGCGGGGGAGGGGGCCUGCGGGAGAGGGCGGGGUCGGCCGCACGCGGGGUCUAGGCAGGCCAGCGGCCCGGAGGACGCGCGGGGGAGCGGGCGGCGCGCGCGGGGCGGCCCCGGCGCCCAAUAAAGUCUGCUUUGACGAGAAACGCCUGUGCCUCCUUUUUCGCGUCGGGUGGCGUUUGCUCUCGGCGCCUGGCUCCGGGCGGGCGAUGGCGGCGACUAGAAACCCAUGGUUAAUCACAAGCGUCUUCAGCAUCCCGUCCUGCUUCUGUCUGACAAAACUUCACCCUUGGAUCAACCCACCUCUGUCUCUGCGCUUCUGGAAUCCUGGGACCCACCGCAGGAGACACCGCUCACCCAAGUACCCGGCCAUCAAGGCCCUGAUGCGGCCCGACCCUCGCCUCAAGUGGACGGUGCUGGGGCUGGUGCUGGCGCAGCUGCUGGCCUGCUGGCUGGUGCGGGGCCUGGCGUGGCGCUGGCUGCUCUUCUGGGCCUACGCGUUCGGGGGCUGCGUGAACCACUCGCUGACGCUCGCCAUCCACGACAUCUCGCACAACGCCGCCUUCGGCACGGGCCGCGCCGCGCGCAACCGCUGGCUCGCCGUGUUCGCCAACCUGCCCGUGGGGGUGCCCUACGCCGCCUCCUUCAAGAAGUACCACGUGGACCACCACCGCUACCUGGGCGGCGACGGGCUGGACGUGGACGUGCCCACGCGCCUCGAGGGCUGGCUCUUCUGCACGCCGGCCCGCAAGCUGCUGUGGCUGGCGCUGCAGCCCCUGUUCUACUCGCUGCGGCCGCUGUGCGUGCACCCCAAGGCCGUGACCCGCAUGGAGGUGCUCAACGCGCUGGUGCAGCUGGCCGCCGACGCCGCCAUCUUCGCCCUCUGGGGGCUGAAGCCCGUGGUCUACCUGCUGGCCAGCACGCUGCUGGGCCUGGGCCUGCACCCCAUCUCGGGCCACUUCGUGGCCGAGCACUACAUGUUCCUCAAGGGCCACGAGACCUACUCCUACUACGGGCCCCUCAACUGGAUCACCUUCAACGUGGGCUACCACGUGGAGCACCACGACUUCCCCAGCAUCCCGGGCUGCAACCUGCCCCUGGUGCGGAAGAUCGCACCCGAGUACUACGACCACCUACCGCAGCACCACUCGUGGGUGAAGGUGCUCUGGGACUUCGUGCUCGAGGACUCCCUGGGGCCCUACGCCAGGGUGAAGCGGGUGUGCAAGCUGGCGGAGGAGCGUCUGUGAGCCCGGGGCGGAGGACCCGGCGGAACCCGGGGGCCUGCUGCCCCGCCCUGCACCCCCCUGCUGCAGAGCCGGGUUGUCACUGCCCACCCCACCCCACCCCACCCCCAGCCCAGUGCCCAGAGCUGCUUUCGCUGCAUUUGGUUCCUGCACUGACCGCGGUCUUGUCCCCCAGAACCCAGGACUGCAUCCGGCCACAGCGGGCACACGUGCAGCCUGGAGAAGCUUGGUCCGCACCUGCACUGUCGACCCAGGCCAGGCCCUCCUUUCCUGGGCCUCGGGGACGGAGGCCUGGCCCUGCCCUGGGUGCUCUGUGCCGCCUCCACCGAGCUGACGUCCCUGGUGUUCCCGUGCCCUAAACUCAGUUCGGUGUUUUGUUUUCACAUCCACAGACCGUGCUUCCCAGGGGCGGCGUGGUUCCAGCCCAGCCUCAGACUGAGGCCCCCCCCCCCCCCCCGCCGGACCCUGCAGACCUCAGGCCUGUGGAUCUCCUUCCCGGCAGGCCCCGGCUGCACCCCGCCUGCUCUCCGGCCUUGGGGACUGCGGCCGCUUCACGCUGUGUGCUUAGCACCCCUGCGGUCCUGCCUUUGUGAGUGGCCCCUGCACAUCCUGGGGCUUGGGGGGGUCCACGUGGCCCUGAAGCUCCUCGUUAGCGGCCUUCCCUCCUCUCCAGCCCGGCUGAGUGUGGACACUGCCCCCCUGAGCUGUGCUCCCGCCCCACCUCGAGGCUCUGGCCUGAGGGAAGCCCUCCCUGACCCUAGAGGUUUUAGCCCAGACAGGGUGGAGUCUGUCUCCCGGACCGACUCCCCAAGGACUUGAGAUCUUCAUAAACGGGUGCCGCAGGCCAGAUGCACGGAGGGGAGACAUGUGACUGGGCAGACAGGUGGCUGCCCGAGUGAGCCAUGGCCCCGAGGGAAGCAGGCUGGUGGCCCUGGUGGUGGCCCUGUCUUUACUGGUGGGGGCACGGCCCUUGGCCCUUGGGGGCUGCAAGGGGUGGGGUCCUGGUCUCCCAGAGGCAGGCAGGCAGCAGGAGGGGUGCCUAAGGUUGGGGAGGCUGAGGACCCGCCCCCCCCCCCCCCCCCCCCCCAGCCACCGUGGGCACCGCUGGGCCCUGUGAGCUGGCCCAGGAGAGGGAGGAGGGCUGUCAGGAAGGCACGUGGCAGCUCCCAGGGCCCGAGACCUGGCCGGUGCUGCGCAAGGACUUCCUGCCCGGGACUGGGAGUGGCCUCAUGUGGUUCCAGGCACCCCUGUGUCCGAGAACGGUCUGACACCGGGAUGGCCCUGGGAAGAGGCCCGGGCCCCGGGGCUGUUGUGUGAGGCAGCGCAGCUUGGCGGGAGUACUUUGAGCCCGGAAGGGGGGCCCCUCCCUGUGCAAACAGGCUGGCCCGAGCCAGGUGAGUGCAGCCCCUCCCGCCGCCGGCCUGGGGACUCCUCAGGGCCUGCCAGCCCACCUGUCCGCAGAGCUGUCCCGAGGAGGAGACUGUCACCACCUGCCAGCUACCCGCCAGACCCCAGAUGACAGGAUCAGUGGGCCUGGAAUCUGUCGCCCUGGGUUACAACCAGAACCACUGCCGGCCCUGGGGGCUGCUCACCUCCCGACAGAACCACCCGGCUCCUGUCUGCACGGUUGUUGGGAGCACUCGAGGAGACAGGGGGGUGGGGGGGUGGUCCAGAGCCCGGCUAGAAAACAGCAGUCCCCUGUCAGUCGGACGGUGGGCCCCACCUCCUCCCCUCCCACGAGGCCCCCGCAGGAUGGCUGGGUGCAUUGCUGUGCCUGUGGUGGCCAUGAGAUGGUCCAGGAUUCCAAGGCCUGGCCACUGGCUGGGGCCCUGCUCCCGGCACGGGGUCAGACCGUCUCUGGCUCGGAAGGGGAACGUGUGCGGUGUGAGAAGCGCUGGCAUAUGCCUCGGGCGGGCGUGCGGGCCAGGGUGGUGGUCCUUCCUGGAGGAUGCAGCCUGCCUCACUCUCCUACUGCCUCGCGGAGCCCAAGCUGCCACUCCCGGCCCUGCGGUCAGGACGCACGUGGAGUCUGAGGUUGCAGUGUGGACGGCACUCGGGGCCCACCCCUGGGGGAGACCAUCGCGGGCCAGCUGGAAGCGCGCGAGCUGCCCCGGCUCCCGCCUUCCCCGUCUGCAUUCAGCCUGACUACCGGCCGAGGCCUCUGCUGGCCCCUCUGCUCCCCCGGGGGACGGCGUCCUCAGCCAGGAGCGGCCGGAGCCGGCGCGGGAGAGUGAGCCGGAGCCAGGGGUGUGGACAGUAAGCGUUUAUUAGCACGUGGACACAGACACCGCGGUGCGUGGACAGACUUCAACCACCACGACGCUGGGGACCGCUCGCCGCUGACCGCAUCACCUAGGAGAAAACUCGGAAACCAUCUAAUGAAGUGUGUGAUCUGGGGAGUCCUCUAUAAACCAAAGAAAUGUACACUUAAAUAGGCAAAUAUAAAAUACAAAAAAGGCGAGUAGACCGGUGCUGUGUCAGAUAGAAUCUAAAAAAAUCCAGAAAUUGGAA